AUGGACAGCGAGGUGCAAAGGGACGGCAGAAUCCUGGACCUGAUCGAUGAUGCGUGGAGGGAAGAUAAACUGCCGUACGAGGAUGUGGCUAUCCCUCUGAAUGAACUUCCUGAACCAGAACAAGACAACGGUGGCACAACCGAAUCUGUGAAAGAGCAAGAAAUGAAGUGGACAGAUUUGGCUCUCCAGUAUCUCCAUGAAAAUGUUCCACCCACGGGAAACUAG